GAGAACGAUGAGCCUGAACGCUUCCCAUCCUGGGAACGUCUCUUGAUUGAUGUAUAUUUGAUGCUAAGUUUUAAUCAUUGCUCAAGGAUUGAUUAUCUAACAUCGACGAUACCAUGUCACACGCGAAGCACCUUGAACCCCUGACACUCCCGGCUGGAGUGUCUGAAGACUACGUCGAUUGCACAGCUUCUUGCGCACUGAACUGGCACAUUCUCAAGGCUGGAGAUCCAGGAAGGCCACUCGUAUUGUUCUGUCAUGGCUACCCAGAACUAGCCUAUUCAUGGCGACGAAUCCUGCCAGACGUUGCCCAAGCUGGGUAUUAUGCUGUUGCUAUGGACCAACGUGGCUACGGCAGAACGACUGGAUGGGAAGACAAGCCAUAUGAUCAAGUCGAUCUAACACAGUAUGUCUUCACAAAUCUGGUGCGCGACUUGGUCUGCCUUGUCUAUAAGCUUGGAUAUAUAGAAGCCGCUGCCAUUAUCGGUCACGAUUUUGGUGCUGUGUCAUCGGCGAUGGCAGCUCUAAUGCGACCAGAUGUCUUCAAAGCAACUAUUCAGAUGAGCCAUCCUCACCAUCCGCCGCCUGCACCACAGCUUGGAGAUCAAUCUCAGAAGCAACCGAUAGACAUUCAAGCUGAGCUGGCCAAGCUCAACCCUCCCCGCAAGCACUAUAAGUGGUACAACUCAUCGCCUGGUGCAGCGAAUGACUGGAAUAAUCCUCCUCAAGGUCUACAGAAGUAUCUACGGGGCUAUUUUCAUCUUAAGUCUGCAGACUGGGACAAGAACGAUCCACAUCCGCUCAAGGAGUGGAGUGCCAAAGAGAUCGAAGUCAUGCCGGAGUACUAUAUCAUGGCGAAGGACGACACAUUUCCACAGUCUAUAGCGAAAAAUAUGGAAGGCGAAGACUAUCAAAAGACAGAAUCAUGGCUGCCACCCGAGGACUUGGACGUAUACGUAAAGGAGUGGAGCCGCGUGGGCUUUCAAGGUGCAUUGAAUUGGUAUCGUGCUCAGACGGCGUCGACGCCUCAGUCCAAAAGAGACAUGCUGUUGUAUGCUGGCCGCAGGAUCGAAGUUCCUUGCGCAUUCAUCAGUGGCAAGCAAGAUUGGGGCAAUUUUCAGCAACCUGGUGCUUUCGAGGCCUACGAAGAUCCCAAAGCUGUCAAGCCAGGCUGCUUCAGAGGAACCACGUUGAUUGAUCACGCUGGACAUUGGGUGCAGCAAGAACAGUCUGAGAAGGUCACUCAAUGCGUGCUGGGCUUUUUGAGAUCGCUAUGA